GGUUUUUUAAUUUUAGACUCUGGCCCGAUGAGUUCUAGACAAACAUUGGGUCAAAGUGAGAACAUGAGUUUGAGUGGAAGGGAGACAGUCAUGGGAAGCUGUACAAGUUGCAGGUGCAAGAGGCUAGGACUUCAGGUGACUCCAUUUUUACUCAAGGGGGUGAUGUCAUUAUUCAGUAGGUUUGUUUUUAAUAGUUACUAGGUUAAGCAUCCCAAUGCUCGGGAAUGCGACUGAGAGGAGUGAACUGGCAUUCUCUGGCUAUGGCCUACAAAUUUGUGGGUUUGUGAAUCUGAGUAUCCUUUGCAUAAAUAAUAUAGGAAUGGCAUCGACGACACCGGCAUUGGCGGUCCGUUCAUUGGUCUAUAGAAUCGGCUUCGAGAACACAGUACUUAUUUCUGAAGAAAUCCAUAGAAGCCGUGUACCAUUCAGUAAUCAGAUGAAUACCCAACGAAUGGUUGAACAGAAGCCUCCCCAGUAAUCAAAGUUCGCCUGCUCCACGCUUGGAGUUCAACAAAUCCAUCAUUCCCUCGGAAGGUGUUCGAUUAUGGAACGCUGUGGACAGAUGAAACUGGGAUGCUCAUACAUGGCCUUUCAAGCAGUGAUCACGCUGAUGAAUUGGAAUCUAAACUGUCCAUUGGGUCCGUGUACAAAAUAAAGGAUUUUUUUGUUCGGGAAGCUAAAGCUAACUAUCAACCAUGCCAAAACAAGUUUUGCAUCGCUAUCAGCUUGAAAACUGAAUUUGAAGAGGUUACUUCUUUGAAUCCAGACUUCUGUCAAGAUAGCUAUGAGUUCUGUGCGUUUGAAAGAUUGAAAGAACGACUGAAAUCUAAUGUGUUGUUAUCAGAUGUUAUUGGUUGGCUUAGCUCAAUUGGUAAAAUUGAUAAUGUGAAUACAAAGAAUGGUCCAACCAUUAUACAAAGAUUAGUACUGAAAAAUGAGAGGGGCGUCGUUUUACCUAUUACAUUGUGGGGAGACUUUGCUUCUCAGCUGAACGCUGAUGAAUUGGUCGAGACUGCCAAGACUUCACCUGUAAUAGUUGCUUUACGCGGUCUUUUGAUUGAACCGUUCAAAGGUGUUACAGCUUCAACAUCUUCUGCUGCGUUCAUAACUUUGAACCCUCAAUCUAUAGAUGUCACUGACUUGAUACAAGCGGCUUCCAAUGAGCUUGGAAUUGUUGAUUUGCUGCCCGUUAAAUUUGAAACACCUGAAAAAGCUGCUGAACAUGAAAGAGAAUUACAAAAAACUCUCGGAGAACUUAUAACCCUUCGCAGUGUGGGUGCUUCACCGAAUGGAAGGUAUAAAUGUCAAGCAACAGUAGCUGCCAUAGACGGAGAGAAGGAUUGGACAUAUCUUGGUUGCUCAAAAUGUUAUAAAGCCGUCAGCACAUGUGGUCAAAACUAUUGGUGUGAAAAGGACCAGCUAUUAUCGCCAUUGGAAGCAAAGCAAUGCUACCGCAUUCGAAUGAUUGUUCAACAAGGUGGUGACGAAGCUAUCUUCCUCCUCAUAGGAAAAACAGCAGAAGAUUACAUACCCCAUCGUGCUUCUGAAUUGUUGAAAACACUCACAAAUGCAGAUGGAAAUUUGCCAACUGCAGUUGAAGCAUUCUGUGGGCAAACGUUAAAUUUUGCCAUUCGGCUGCCUAAACAGAGGUUCAAUGGCAAUGAUGGUGACUUCAUAAUAAGUAGUAUCUCUGGACUGAUUAAUGAAACAACCAAGACACCUAAAAGGGCACUUUUCCAAUUGAAGGAUGAGAAUACCUCUGCUACUGAUGAAAAUGUGACGAUCCAUCAACAGGAAGAACGUAAAGCAAUUCAGGAUAAAUCAUCUGCAAUGACCGCAUCACCAACUUCUUCCACCGACGACUUGACUUCGAUUGAAAAACUAACAAAGAAAAAACAACAGUGCAAGAAAGUUGUCAGCUCUAUACCUUGCAACAACAUGAGGAAACAAACCCCUCAGAAUGACAAAGUCAUCACAAUGGAAUCACCAAAUCAUACAGCGAAUGAAAAUUCUUUGUCGGAAAAGGAAAAACAGAAGAGCCCCAACUCUGCUGAUAAUUGUUUCAAAACUGCCAAAAGGAUACAAUCACCAGCUUCAUCCGACGAUGGCUUGCCUCUGAGUGAAAUACUAACCAGGAAUAAAAACUCAGCUAAGAAGACAACUGCCAAACGGAAGCAUGAAGCUGACCAAGUCAUCGAAGUUGACUCGACAAAGAUAAAACGUACAAAUUCCAAGCCAACUUCACAAUCCGCAACUUCUGUUCCACCCCCACUAAGUUCAGAGGUGAUUGACCUUGAGAAGAAUUCUACUAAGAUCCAAUCCCAUAGCACUGUCACUUCAGCUUCCAACAUUCACGCACCAUUGGCAAAAAUAAAAAAAGGAAAAACUUGAUGCCCUGCCUAAAUCCAACCCAAAGGAGAAGGAUUCUCGAGCAACAGCUGCUUCUCAAGCCAUUGGGAAAAGGACACGAAGGCCUUCAACCAAAUUGACGAGUUAGGAAUAACUCAGCAUUUAUCAGAACUUUUAGAAGAAUCUUUUGUUGCUCUUUUUCCUUAAACAAUUUCUAUUUCAAUUUUUACUUUAGAUUACUCUCUUUUUACCAUUCGGAGCUGUUGGAAUGUAAUAGUGGAUUCAGAUUAAACUAUCUAUAGAACUGAGACAUCGGAUAUAUUUAAUCUAGCC